ACUACGACGACUACGACGAAUACGACGAAUACGACGAUUACGACGCCGGAUCAGUGAGCGUCGCGACGCCCGCCUGUGAAGGUGGGUUGUUUAAAACGUCCAACGAACUAUUAAACUACUUAAACCUUUCUUCUUCUUUUUUUAUUUAUUUAUUUAUUUCAACACCAUUAUUACUGUGAACUACGUUCGAUAUUCAACGUAAAGAACAAACACAUUAUAUAUUUUUUUUGAACAAACAUUUUUUUCAAUAAAAAUCAAAGAAAAGAAGAAACAAAGAAUUUAAAUUUUUGAUUAAAAUUAGAAAAUUGUUCAAUUGUUUUAUAAUAGAAUUGUAAUAUUGCAACACAUUGUGAUUUGAUUAUAAACAACUUUACCAAGAACAAAGAACAAGAAAAAGAAAGAAAAAGAUCAAAAAAGUGAACUCGCGUAUAAGCGAGUAGGAUUAUGGGGCUAAAUGGGGGCUGAUGGACAUUUUCGAGUGACCUUGUCAUUAAGAAGGGAACCAGCUGCUGGACCGGUUUAUUGCAAAAUGGAAACAUCAGCUAGAUUUCGACAACUUAAAACUGUUAAACUAAGCUGCGAGGCUAUCUAUCGGCUUGACAUCAGCUUCAAACCUCCGCAACUACUGCAAUCGUUGAGCAUAGGAGGAAAACAAGUGGAAGCCAUCGAGCGUGCAAGAGAUGGUACAGCAUGUGCAUACAGCGCUUAUCACAGCACAAAGGGAAUACCAGCGAGUGCGAGGGGUCAUCGGGAGGAACUUUCGAUAGCCAUGCGGGUUCUUGGUUCGGGUUACCUUACCACCUGUCUGCAAAUUAAAUAUUACCGUCAGGAUGAUCAGAGUCAUUGUGAAUGGGGUGCCAGAUUGCAUUGUAUCGAACUGGAUUGUACCAGCGUCGAAGGUAGACUCGUUACGGUUGAUCGAGAAACUUACAGAAAACUUGGUAUAGAAUCAUAGCGAUUGGAAUUAAU